GAACCGAACCGGGCCGCUGCAAGUUUUCAAUGGACGCGUGAGCGCUGCCCGAGGCUCUGCUCGGAUGGGAUGCACGGUGAGCUUCAUCUGCUGUGAAGAAGACUUUCUGCAAAUGCCUGUUUACCAACAUGAGGAUGAGAAGAAGAAAGGCAGCCUGAGAGAGCCAGAGGGGUUGGAGGCUCUUCAUUCCCACACGUUUCGAGUGAAGACCUUCAAAAAGACCAAGCAUUGCGACGUUUGCAAACAAACCAUCGUCCAGGACGGACUCAUCUGCCGAGUGUGCCGGAUAGCUUGCCACAAGAAAUGUGAAGUGAAGGUGACGUCAUCUUGUGUUCCAGCCACAAACUAUGAGCUGGCACCCAGCAGUGACCUCCCUCUCAAACAUGUAGACACCAUGGGAUCAACAAAAUCCUCAAAGAGCAUGGAGUCACGGCGCAGACCAUCAAGGAGCACGAGUCUUCUUCAGGCCCUGGAGGAGAGCUACGAGCUGGAUUUGCUCUACAUCACAGAGAGGAUCAUCUCCGUCUCCUUCCCCAGCAGCGUGGAGGAGCAGAGCUACGCCGCCAAUCUGAGGGAGGUCGCCUCCAUGCUGCGCUCCAAACAUGGCCACAACUACCUGCUCUUUAACCUGAGUGAGAAGCGAUAUGACAUCAGCCAGCUCAAUCCAAAGGUGUUAGACUUUGGCUGGCCUGACCACCACGCUCCUGCCCUGGACAAGAUCUGCAGCAUUUGCAAAGCCAUGGACACGUGGCUGAGUGCUGACAGCCACAACGUGGUGGUGAUUCACAACAAGGGCAACCGAGGCAGAACUGGGGUGGUGGUGGCGGCAUAUAUGCAUUACAGCAACAUUUCUGCCAGUGCUGACCAGGCUCUGGACAGGUUUGCCAUGAAGCGAUUCUACGAAGACAAAGUGCUUCCUGUGGGCCAGCCGUCUCAGAAAAGGUAUGUGGAGUACUUCAGCGGCUUGCUGUCCGGCCACAUCAAGAUCAAUAACAAGCCUCUGUUCCUUCAUCACGUCAUCCUGCACGGCAUUCCCAACUUUGAGUCCAAGGGAGGUUGUCGUCCUUUUCUUAAAAUCUACCAGGCCAUGCAGCCCGUCUACACAUCUGGGAUCUAUAACGUUCAAGGUGACAGCCAGACAAGUAUUUGUAUCACCAUUGAACCGGGUCUUCUUCUAAAAGGGGACAUCCUGCUCAAGUGCUACCACAAACGGUACCGCAGCCCGUGCAGAGACGUGAUAUUUCGGGUGCAGUUUCACACCUGUGCUAUUCACGAUCUGGGAAUCAUCUUUGGGAAAGAAGAGCUGGAUGAGACAUUCAAAGAUGACAGGUUUCCAGAAUAUGGAAAAGUGGAGUUUAUUUUCUCCUUUGGUCCUGAGAAAAUCCAUGGUAUGGACCACCUGGAGAACGGGCCGAGUGUCUCGGUCGACUAUAACACACAAGAUCCACUGAUCCGCUGGGACUCGUACGAGAACUUCAAUCAGAGCUGCGAGGACGCCGCAGACGAAGUCAACCAUACCGAAGGACCCCUUGACGGAAGCCUAUAUGCAAAAGUUCGCAAAAAGGAGUCUGUUGAAGAUACAGUCACGUCUAAUGGCCUUCCACCCACUGCUGCUGAACACGCACUACCUGCCGUUGACCAUGCCCUGUCGGUGAGUAGUGAUUCAGGAAACUCCACUGCCUCCAUCAAAACGGACCGAACAGAUGAAGCAACAGCAGUCCCUCCGACCUCCACAGUGAACCAGACCCACAAUACUGUGAAGGAGGAGUUACCAUCAGUCCAUCACCAAGCCGCACCUGUCCAACAGCCAAUCAGUCCCAAAGAGAAAAAGGAACUAGAGCAACUACUGAGUGGAUUGGAGGGGCCCAUGCACCGACAGGCCUACCUGUCCACCCCAACAUCUGCGGCUGGGAUGCUUCAUUUGGUGCCAGCCCAGGUCCAUGUUAAUGGACACAAUGACAUGGAUCGUGAAACUGACAUUUUGGAUGACGAGCUGCCUACCAGUCAAGAGGGCAACAGCGUGGACAGCCUUGGGACAUUUUCCUCCACAGAUGGUCGAGCUACACCGGCUGAUCUCUACUACCAGUCUGAAUCACUAACCAAUGGCCAGGAGCAUGUACCGUAUUUAGAGCGCAGCGUCCCGGACAACCCUCUGGAAUCUAUCCAUUCACAGGUUAGCAGAUCUGAUAAACCUUUCUGUCUGACCAAAAGUGAUUCUGCCCCAUUCUCCAGUAAUUACAUGGCAACCCAAAAUGGCAUCCUGUAUCGCUCCCAGUCUUUUGGUGCUGAGCCAAAGUCUAUGCCACAGGCUCCCACCCGCACCACCAGCAGCAGAGAUGCCGUCCAACGCGGUCUCAAUGUUUGGCAGAAGUUUGGAGUACCUGAGGAACCGGUCACUGAAGGCAUCACUUUCAGUCCACCUCCAUCUGUAUCGAUGUCCAGCCACCACAGUCUACCACAGUUCCCACAUCGUCACAGUGCUUCCCAGCAAGAGAUUGAGCAAUCUAUUGAAACUCUCAAUCUACUCAUGAUGGACCUACAGCCCAGCCAUCCAGUUGUGUCAAAAACUCAAAGUGCCCCACUGAGAGAAGACAGUAUUGUAGUUACCACCCAGCCAUCCUUCUCCCAGAGCCAAACCAGGCCGUCCUACCACACUGAUGCUGCUCACAUUUCUGGUCCUGUGUCCAGCAUGACCAACCUCCCGUCGUCAACUCAGAUGUUAAUAGACAAGCCUGCUUCACCAGAGCCUUCACCGGUCUACGGAACUCCAAACUACUCUGUUGGAACAUCUAGAACCAGUGGUUCUUCUCAACCUUCCCCCUCUGUAAGUGGUCAACUUCAGCUCAAAUCAGUCGGCAUGUUCCCACCAAGCACCAUGCCCCAGUCUUCAGAGGUCUUCGAGUCCCAAAGAAAUGCUGCUUCAGCAUCACCUCAGCCAAGAGACGGGGACGAAGUCUUCAAUGUGGAGGGUCUGGUGGCCCAAAGAGUUGCAGAGUACUCGGCUCGUGCCAAAAACAUCAUCCCCAGCGUAACCUGCUCUCAGUCUGAGCACCGCCGCUCUCACUCCCUCUCUGGUGUUCAGGCCCGUGCAGCGUCCUUGGAUGAACCGGCAGCCCUUCCCAGCCAUCGCUUCACCAGCGAGGAUCAUUCUGACGAUGGUCCGUCUCCUGACGCCACCGUCCGUUCCCCCAUCCGCUGUGUUUCUCCAGAGUUUGUCAACGCCAUAGCCAUGAACCCUGGGGGACGGCCCAAAGAGAGAAACAUGCACAGCUACCGGGAGGCCUUCGAGGAAAUGGAAGGAGGCCCCAUCAGUCCAACACCCACAGCUGGUGGUGAGGCGUUUCCCCAAACCCCCGCCUUCCCCAUCUCACCGCAAACCCCUUACUUCAAUCUGUGUCGGUCUCCACCAGGUCUUGCCAAGACUCCACUGUCAGCUCUGGGUCUGAAGCCACACAACCCAGCAGAAAUCCUCCUCAAUCAAACGGGCUCAGCUCCGAGAAGCUACGUAGAGUCUGUGGCUAGGUCUGCAGCAGCAGGCGGAGAGCUGUCCACAUCACCUCGCAGUCUCAGCCCCCCAGGAGACAUUAAGAGCCAGCCAAGGAGUCCGAGCCCUCCCAACCAAACACUAAACCCACCAUUGUCCAGCAGUAGCCCCAUCCAGAACUCACUGGGUGAUCCUCUCUUAGCUGAAAGCAGCACUUCAUCCCGACCAACACCUGAUUCUGGGUUCCACCCCCAUCCUACUCAAACCCGAUUAAAUCAAGACCUGAAUCCCUCCACUAACUCCUACCUGGACUCCAGCUUGCCAGCCUGUUCCCGCCUUGGCUCUACACCCCCCACACUGUCCUACCUUGGUCCCAGCAGCCUGUUGGGGAGCUAUCCAUCAUCAGAUCCCUGCCCACCUCUCUCAGAACCUUCCAAGGUCACUCUUGGGUAUGAAAGUCCCCAGCCUCAGCCCAUCAUCCAUAGCUUUGCCCAUGAUCCUGUCUUCCAGCAUAACUUAAUUGUUAAACAAGAUGGGUCCAACCUGCCGGUUCAGAAGCCACCAGCUAAUGGCUUUGAAGAGAUCAUGGCAGGUUUUGGAGGGAGUCCCACUCUUGGUCGUCGUCUGUCUCAAGGUACACAGAGCAGCCUGGUCCUCAGCAGACAGGCCUCUCUGGGACAGGGGUCUCAGCACAGUCUGGUCCUCAGCAGGCAGCCAUCCUUGGGUCAGCCCAUUCAGAGCAGCCCCGUGCUCAGCCGACAACCAUCUAUCACACAUCCUCAAGGAAGUCCAGUGUUGGGCCAUCAUCCAUCUCUUACACAGAUGUCCCAGAGAAGCCCCAGUUUAGACCGCCACCCUGUGCAUAGUGGUUACACCACACCAGAUGAAAGACACGGGAACCUUUCAAGACAGAGCAGCUCGUCGGGCUACCAGGGACCACCCACUCCCUCUUUCCCCAUCUCCACUGCUAGCUACCAGGAUGGGGGGAUGUUGGGGAUGGGUGUAGGUUUUAGGCAAGGUAGUCCAGCUCCUGGUUUCCAGCCCCAACUCCCAGAGAAGAGGCGCAUGUCCAGCGGUGAUAGACCAAAUGGAGGACUGUCCUACGGGACGCUAAAUGGGAAGAUAAUGUCUCCGGUGAACGGAGGAAGUACUCCUGGCUACUUCCACACCCUCUCUGACUUCUCACGGUUCAAUAUACCUGAUGGAAGCCCAGAGAGUAGGCUGAAUGUUAAAUUUGUUCAGGACACAUCCAAGUUCUGGUACAAACCUGACAUCUCCAGGGAGCAAGCUAUCAACCUGCUGAAAGAGCGAGAGCCGGGAGCCUUCGUCAUCAGGGAUAGCCACUCGUUCAGAGGGGCGUACGGUCUGGCCAUGAAGGUGGCCUCUCCGCCUCCAACUGUGCAUCAGAGCAAAAAAGGUGACAUCACCAACGAGCUCGUGAGGCACUUCCUGAUCGAGAGCAGCCCUAAAGGAGUGAAGCUCAAAGGUUGCCCCAACGAGCCUUAUUUUGGUUGUCUGUCGGCUCUGGUCUACCAGCAUGCCAUCACACCUUUGGCUCUUCCCUGUAUGCUCAUCAUCCCGACUGCAGAUCUGAUGGAGGAAACGCCCGUGGUGGCAACAACAAGCCCGCUGGUUGAAAGGUUGAAACAGGGAGCAGCGCAGAGCACCCCUGCUGAUUCCCAUGCAUGCAAUGUUCUCUACAUCAACUCGGUGGAGAUGGAAUCGCUGACGGGGCCCCAGGCUGUUGCCAAAGCCAUAACCGAGACGCUGGCCGCCGCUUCGCCACCCACCGCCACAGUCAUCCACUUCAAGGUGUCGUCGCAGGGCAUCACGCUCACCGACAACCAGAGGAAGCUUUUCUUCCGGCGCCACUAUCCCAGCAACACUGUCACGUUCUGCGACACAGACCCUCAGGACAGAAAAUGGAGUAAAGCUGAGGGAGGCACAGCCAAGCUCUUCGGCUUUGUGGCGCGGCGGCAGGGAAGCACAACGGACAACGUCAGCCACAUCUUCGCCGAGCUGGACCCCGACCAGCCGGCCAGCGCCAUCGUCAACUUCGUCUCAAAGAUUAUCGCCUCGCAGGCGCGUUGAGAGCCGACCGCCAAGAAGAAAGUAAAAGAAGAACGCUGGCGCUUCCUUUGGUGAUUCUCACUCCUGUUUGCCACUGAAACUUUUUAUUUUCACCUUUUUCC